AUGCGUAUCUUUCCCACAGGAACUCUUACAGUAGAAGAGGUGUACAAAGACAGAGACCAGUUCGCGGGUCUGGUGCGCGAAGUGGCGGCUCCAGACGUCGGUCGGAUGGGCAUCGAGAUCCUCUCGUUCACGAUCAAGGACGUCUACGAUGACGUGCAGUACUUGGCCAGCUUGGGCAAGGCGCAGACGGCGGUUGUCAAAAGAGACGCGGAUAUUGGAGUAGCACAGGCUAAUAGAGAUGCUGGAAUACGGGAAGCCGAAUGCGAAAAGAACGCAAUGGAUGUGAAAUAUUCAAUGGACACGAGAAUCGAAGAUAACUCUAGGCUGUUCAAGCUGCAGAAGGCUCACUUCGAUCAGGAAGUCAAUACUGCUAAAGCCGAGGCCGCUUUAGCAUACGAAUUGCAGGCUGCGAAAAUCAAACAGAAGAUACGAAACGAAGAGAUUCAGAUCGAAGUCGUGGAGCGUCGCAAACAAAUUGAGGUGGAACAACAAGAGAUUCUACGCCGCGAGGAAGAGUUGAAGUCAACGGUUCGUUUGCCUGCUGAAGCAGAAGCUUACAGGCUACAAGCGAUCGCCGAGGGAAAACGUACUCAAACAGUGGAAGCCGCCAAGGCAGACGCGGAACGUAUCAAGGUGCUUGGUCUAGCUGAGGCCACAGCUAUUGGGGACGUUGGUAAAGCUGAUGCUGAGAGGAUGUUGGCAAAGGCCAGGGUGUACAGGCAGUAUGGAAAUGCGGCCAUCAUGGCUUUGGUUCUUGAAGCUUUGCCAAAGAUUGCAGCCGAGGUAUCGGCUCCUCUAGCGAAGACAGAUGAAAUAGUCCUCGUUGGAGACAAUGGGGCAACUGGGGAAAUGGCCCGACUGGCUGGAGGCAUUCCACCCGCAGUACGAACACUUACUGGCCUGGAUAUUAACCAGGUGUUGAAGAGACUUCAUCCGAGUGCACCAGAUGCGUCUCCAUUGGCAGCAGCCAGUAAGAAGAAAGAAGUUGCAGCUUGCUAA